AUGGGUUUUGGUAGUGCCGCCCUCAAAUUGGGCUCGACAGCCCUCUACGCCAUUGAAUUCGCUUGCGCUGCCAUCGUCCUCGGCAUCUACUCGUACUUUUUGUCCGUACAGGCUGACCGCAAUGUCUCCAUCGAUACUUGGCAAAAGGCCGUCACCGGUCUGGCUGGCGGCGUCGUUCUCUACACCAUCUUCGCCGUCCUAUUGACAUGCUUCCUCGGCGGCAAAACCAUUUUCGCUCUUCUUGGCAUGCUCUUCAACAUCUUGUGCUGCGGAGCCAUGGUUGCCAUCGCUGUCAUGACACGUGACGGUGCUCACAGCUGCUCCGGAUUCGUCAGGACGCCUCUUGGCGACGGCGACUCCAACUCUAGGGAGGGUUUUGGCAGCAACGGCCAGGGAAAUCAGAUUACCUACGCUGCCAGCCUUGGAACGACCUGCCGCCUAAAUACAGCUUGUUUCGCCGUAUCCAUUGGUGGAGCCCUCCUCUUCCUCAUCUCCGCGCUCCUGCAAUUCUGUCUGCGCCGCAACCACAAGAAGGAAAAGGCAUUUGGCCCAGGUCCUUCCAACAACUACACCAAGGGCUCCGGCGUCAAGUUCUGGCAACGUAACCGUCGCGCAAAGACCACCGGCCCAGUCGACCCUGAAGUAGGCACCGUCCCUGUCUCGGGCGGCGGUCUUGCUCCCCCAGUCGCGGCACACGACUACCGUGCUAGCCACGAUACCGCGUACACUGGCUCGACUGUUACGGCCCCUGGUUCCAAGUACGAGCACAACAAGCCUGUUACGGGCGGUUACCACACUGCACCUGCAGGCACUUACCAGAGCCCUGCCACUAAUUACUAA